AUGUCUUCCCAGUACGCCCAAUUACUAUCUCAACAUAACCACAACCGCUCACGUCGCUACCAUGUUUGUGAACCUCAGCACAACCACCCAUCGCCCCCAUCCCUAUCUACUCAUCUAUUCUUACACCCAUCACAUUCAUCACACCCAACCAUCUAUCAUCUCUCCAUCUAUAUAAUUCAUCUAUCUAAUCAUAUCCAUCUAUCAUCCAUCCAUUACCCCACUACCAUCCAUCACAUCUGCCACAAUCACUCUCCAUCCACAUCCUCUCACCCAUCCUCUCACCCGCCCAUCUCGCCUCCACUCCGCGCGCCCGUCACCCGCCCUGCCCACACCAUCCGCUCAUCAACACAGAGCCAUAGCGUUCAACAGCCUCUGCUUACCCGCCUCGUCACUCUAUCAAACAACACUUCUCAUCUCCCAGCCGCAUCCACGCGCUCUCAGAUCCUGAAAAUUGAAAACUAA